CGAGCGUGAGCGCGCACUCGUGGAUAAGGUUCGUUCCCGAGCCGUUCACACAGUGAAGGCUGCAGGCAGCGAGGCGCACAAGGGUGUGACAAGUUUGGUCUGGUUGCUUCUGAAUGUGGAUCAUUUUGUCAAUUCCUACUUUGCUGAUAUGCCUGGAGUUAUGGUAACAGCACUUGAGCGCAAUGUGGUAUACUUCAAGAACCUCAUGCAACUAGAAUACAGAAAGUCCAGUCCUGUUUAAGGCUGUGUAAAACAUGCCAGCAACAAGCACAUGAAAAUACACAGGCUGAUUUUUUAGUUUGUAUCUUUUAUCUAUUCAAAUCAUUGGCCUAUUUGCAUGAUUUGAUCCACAGUUUAAAAAUGAUCAAAAGUGAACCCAAAGCUGACAGAGUGCUAAGGAGUGCAUCUCCUCACAGAAAUGCAUACAAAUCCGAUUUCCACUCCAUCAAAUGUUCCUUCGAGGGCCCGUCCAUCCUUUACUCUUAUGGAGGUAGCGAGGCGCGAGGCAGACCGUCAGGAAGCAGAGUGAAUGAAAUUAAAAACAUCUUUCUUCAAAUGGAUGCCCAACAGCCACAAGAUAGCGCGAACCAAACCAAAGCUGGAAUGGCAAAAUUGCAACGAAGCUCUUCCUCAUACAGGUCUAGCAUGGGAAGUGCGUCCAGCAUGGAAUCGGGCACCACAGAAGUGGUACGAAAAUCAGAAGACAUCUCGUUUGAUAAAGUGGCACUUGCCGAGAAGUUCUCAGAAACCAGAAAGCUCUUUGAGAUUGGAGUACCUACAGACAGAAGUGCACCUGGUAGAUCUGUCAGCCGAUCUUCUGUGCGUAGUGUUUCGGAGGAAGGAAGGGGUGUGAAGAAGCUGACAGAUAAGACAGACCAAAUUCAGAUACAUGGAGAUCAACCAAAGGGAGACAAGGACAGAGGAAGAACUGAGCAUAAGACACCACCACACAAGCCUGCGCUGAUGAUGAAGAAUGCAGGACCUAUAUCCAGGAGACUAGAGAGCUUCAUGUUAGACAGUGACAGUGAGUCCUUGUCUGGUCCGUCUGUCUCAACUCGUUCACAGAGUCCAAGCAGUCAUUCUCAACCACCAUCGUCCCCAAACAGUGAACAUUCAGAUCCACCUUUGUCACCAUAUAGCCAUGGUUCUCCCACAUCUUCCUCUAUGUGGCCUGAAAGUCCUUCUGGACAGGCAGAUGCUAAUUUAACUUUACAAAGUGAGUCCCAGUAUUCAUCUACCCCAGUGAAUGGAGUCUAUGCAGACGAAAGCUGUCACUGGAGUUCCAGUAACACAAACACAACAGCGGGGAAUGCUAAUGAAACUUCCAUUUCUGUUGUCUCAACUGAACCGACUUUUCUUUUUAAAAGUGAGAAGCGUCAUCGUUUGUCUGUGAGCAGUGGUUCUGCAAGUCCAUCAGGAGAUGGAAAUGAAAGUUCAGAACUAAAUGUUUCCAAAGGGAAGCAACACGAGGAGUUUGGUACCCCGGGUCUGUCCACUGUUCGAGCCGAGUUAGUGGUGGUCCAUAAUGAAUCAUCAGAGGGUGAGAGCAAUGAGGAAGACCGUGUUGCAGAUGAUGUUUUUGAGGAUGUCAAGAAUGAGCAACCUCCCUCAUAUCUUCCAUCAAAAAAAGAUUUCAUAGACAGCAAGGAGGUCCAAAUUAUAUAUCAUGAAGAUAUAUUAGGGAGGGAUUUCAGGAUAGGGGAGGAGAAAAAGAAGGAGGGGAUGGACGGAACUAUGGUUGUAGGAGACAAGGAUCAGGAAAGACUGGUAAAGUUGGCUGAGGAUACAAGUAUCCACAAAGAGGAGCAGAAGAGGGAAGAGGAUGGCGUGAAGGUGAAAGAGGUACAAGUCGAGGAAAAGCACUUGCAAGAGGAACUAUGUCCAGACAGUGAGAUAAAAACUAAACAGAAAGUACGAGAAGAGGAGGAAAACGGCAUGCAGAAAGAAGCCGAGGAGAAUGUGGAAGAUGAUGAGGAUGUGGUGAAAGAAGCCUUAGAGGAAGAGGAUGAUGAGCAUGAUGUUGAAGAAGGGACUGGGGAAGAGAGGCAACAGAAAGUGAAUGAGGACUCUGCUGGGAAGAGACCUUUGAUAUGUGGGAUUGAGAAUGCUGCUUUUGUGGAUGACCGGGAAAGUAAGUCGGACUAUCAGCAAAAGGGACAGAAUUCUGGACAAGACUAUGAGCAUUCCCAGGAAUAUGAGGAGAUUUCAGGUCUCUCUGAUGAAGAAGACCCCAACCCAAGAAGGAAGAUCAGAUUCUCCACUGCUCCUAUCAAGGUUUUCAGCACAUACACCAACGAUGAUUACGAUCGCAGGAAUGAAGAAGUCGACCCAGUAUCCGCAUCAGCCGAGUACGAGCUGGAGAAGAGGGUGGAGAAAAUGGACGUGUUCCCAGUGGAAAUUCAGAAAGGAGAUGAAGGUCUGGGGAUCAGUAUAAUAGGAAUGGGUGUAGGAGCCGAUCAAGGUCUGGAGAAACUCGGCAUCUUCGUCAAAACCAUCACAGAGAAUGGAGCGGCUCAGCGUGAUGGCCGUAUUCAAGUCAACGAUCAGAUCGUGGAGGUGGAUGGGAUCAGUCUCGUAGGAGUCACCCAACUAUUCGCUGCCACUGUUUUGAAGAACACCAGAGGACUCGUGAAGUUUCUGAUUGGCCGAGAAAAGCCAGGUGUUGAGAGUGAAGUUGCACGAUUGAUCAGUGAAACACUGGAGCAAGAAAAGACCACACCAAAACAAGAUGAUGACACCACUGUCCAGGAGGCAGAGAAUGUGGAAAAGGUCCCCCAGCCACAAGAAUCGGAGGCUGAAGAGCAACCAGCUCACAUCCCUCAGGAACAUGAUCACAUCAAGCAAGAAGGCCAGCAACUAGCAGGAGAAACGAUCAAGAGCAUUCUGGAGCAGGGUGGAGAGUGUCGAGUGGAAGAGAAGGAGGAGGAGGAAGACAACGACAUGUCACUUGAUUUGACUCAGGAAGUAUUUGCGCACCUGAAGAAUCAAGGCAUUGUUAUUCCUGAGGACAUGAAUCAUAGUGAACUGGACCAAACAUUUAUAGAGCUCCACAUGAAGCACAACAAAACUCUAGCAGAGCUAAAGCAGAUGAAGGAAAAGCUGCGAGUGUGUGAAGCAGAACGCUUAGCCUGGGAGGUUCGAGGUGCAUCUCUGGAGAAAAGCGUGAACGAGAGCAGAGAGAGGAUAGAGAAGUUGGAGAAAUACUGGCUCGAUGCUCAGGCUCUCUGCAAGACCAUCAAUCAGCGGCUCAGCGAGGCCCAGAGCCAGCACGAGGCAUUGCAGGUCAAAUACGACAAAACCAACACACUUCUACAAGAGCACAAGGAUCGGGAAGCUGAGUUUAUAAAGAGAGAGGACGAUUUGAAGAGACGUCUAGAGGACAGAGAGAGGGAUUAUAAGAAGACUCUGAGAAGGCUUCAUGAACAGAUUGCUGUUUUGGAAGGUCGAUUGAGUUCAGAUCAGCCUGAGGAGUCAUGUAGUCCUGCAGUAGAAAGCCAGCCAAGCAGCCCCACCUCGGGAUCCUCAGAUAGGAACGAACAAGCUUCAGACUACCUCGUUCACGAUGCAGACUUGGGAGAGGCGAUACCCCGGACGGAUCGUCUAGACUGCAGCGCUUACAGAGCCAAAGCGAAGCUUACACAAGGAGUCCAGCGCAAAAGGCCAUCGCGAAACAAACUCCGAGAGUCCGCUAAGAGCACCCAGUCCUCCAUUCAGCCACAGCAGGAAGAGCAUAAAAUCGAUAAUAGUACAGAAACUAACCGGAGACAGUCCUACUUGGAGAGCCUUUCCAUACCUGUGCCCACUGCACAGCCGGGAUACAAGCAGAGGAGCGAGUCUCAAGGCAGGAUGAGGUCUGGAGAAGAAGGAGGAGGUGAUUUGUCCAGCUCUCCCUCCCUUCAGGGCCUUAUGCCUCAUGGAGAAGGCAGCACAAGGUCUAGCCUGUCUCCUCCUAAAGACUUAUCUGCACCUCACUCUCCCACAUCCAGCCAGUCAUCUUCUGGCCUGCUCCACAACCUUCGUAACAGGAGGUACAAGAAGAAGGAGAGCAGCCAGAGCAGGAAGAACAAAGAUGACGAGAGUGACAGCUCCACGACAAGAAUGUCCAAGAAAAGAUUUCCAGAUUUUGGCGGUCUGCGCAAAUCCGGCGGGAAAGGACGCAAGCAAGAAAAAGGCGUGCAGCGUGGUUCAGUAGGGAGCAGGAGCUCAAGAGAGCUUGUGGACGAUUCCAGCGGAAACGCUUCUCCCUCUGACUCCGUAUCCUCCAUCCCAUCCUGCAUGCCUUUCUCCUGGUUCGGAGACAGGGAGAGAUCUCGAGACCGGGAACGAGAGAAAGAGCAGUCGCUGUCUAGCUGUAGUCUCCCCCACAGUCCUACAGAGGGACACACUGGGGACGGAACGGAACGAAGAAAUAAGAGCUUCGAUUUGAACGCCAGCAGUCCUCGCUCUGCCUUGGCAUCUUUAUUGAGUGAACCUCGUACUCGAGGACACUCCCAGAAGCUCGUCUUCUCCUCCUGCGAGACGCUCGAUGAUGAGCCUGCUCCUGUCGCAAGGCAGCACUUGUGGCAGAACCGUCCUCUUUUAGAGUGGACCAAUCAGCAGGUGUGCCACUGGUUGAUGGGCAUGAACAUGGACCAGUACAUAGCCGAGUUCACUGCAAAAGCAGUUGACGGUAAACGUCUGGCUGAUUUGGACAGCAGUAAACUCAAGGAGUUGGGGGUGUCCAGUCAGAGAGAUCGUGCUGCCAUUAAGAGGAAGCUGAGAGACAUGAAGAAGGCUCAGGAAAAGUUGGAAAAACAGCGAGCAAAGAAGGAGAAGGAGGUCCGACUGAGUAGUAGUAGUAGUGGUGGUGGAGGUAAACCUGCGAAUCUUGAAUCUGCCUGCUGAAUCUGAAUCUCCAGUAAAAGCCUCCGAUCUGGAAAACACAGACAAUUCUAACAAGAUGUCAUGCUUGUGUGUGCCUGCCCUGAUUGUUACUGGAUAUAAUGGGAAUAGGAUCACGCUCAAUUGGGAGUUACUUAGAUUCUUCUAGCAAAUUCUUUCAGUUCCUCUGUAUAGGUCAAGGUAUUUUUUACAAUAUUUAAUCAUAGUUUUAUAUCUUAGGAUUUGAUUCGUCAGCUCCAGAUGCAACACUCAAGGUGUCUUAAUUACACUACUGCUGUUUUUAUUGUUCUUGUGUUCCACUUAAUUGAAAUUGUUAACGUUUAUACUGUCCGAGCAGAAAUUUAGUCUCUCUCCUGAUCCAUAUUUGAGGAUUAUACACUGAUUUGUGAAAUGACGCAUCUCUUUGGGUCAACAAAGGUGAGACAAAUUAAAUUUCAGCAAAUCACAAACCUCAAUAUAUGACAUUACCGUUAUCUCUUAUGCUCACUCAUUUGACUCGUUGCUAUUCUUAGCAUAACAUGACAUAAAUACACAAUAUAAUAAUAGCAAACCACAAACCACGCUUGCUAAAACUACGCACUGGUAGGUUAGCUAACAUUAAAACAAAGCUCUAUAUCAAACUCUUAAGUAGCUAAGAAGCCGAUUAUUAUUAUUAUUAUUGAGUAAUCAAAACCAGGAGCUGUAUUUGCCUGCGAGAAAGCUAACUAUAGGUAAAUUAUUCUAUUGCGUAUUUAAAACCACUAGUCACAUUUGUUCAAAGCUUUGUUGUAUCUACUUACUAAAGAAAAAAUAUUAGCACAUGCAUGUUGAAUAAUAUUGGGCCUAAAAUUGAGCCCUGGGGAACCCCACAUGCUUAUCAAAGGCUAAACUAUUAUGAUGAUGUCAUAUCAUAUGAAAUUUGUGGUUGGUUGAUCAAAGUAACCUAAAGUCUUCCCUUGAGCCAGUGAUGAGAGAUGCAAACAAAUUCUGGAGUGGCAGAUCCUAUUUAUUCACACUGGAGGGCAGCAGUGAGGUGACUGAGGCGACUUGGGUGGGUCUUAAUGUCCAUAACCGGCUUAUAUUGAAUCCAGUGUCCGAUGAAUUCUUUGUGAAAGCUAGAGCACACCCUGCACUUUAGCUUAAUCUCAAACCUUAAUCUGUAGCAAGUGAAUGUCUGUGUUACCAAGCACACACACAGAGUGCUUUGCUGAGCAAACCCACUGAAUGGAAAUUGAGUGUGCACUUUUUACUUGUACACAACACCUUCCCUACUGUACACUUUGUCUUUUUACUUUUUUAAACAUAAAAAAAAUCUGCUAUUUUUAUUGUCUGCUGUACAUAAUGAGGCAACGCUGUGAGUGGAAUUGUGUCAGAACGUGAGAUCUCCACUGUCUUUUAUGCCACAGAUGGUUUUAAAUGUGUAACAAUAAAUAAAAAGUAUUUUACAUGAACUGCAAA